AAAUGCUUGGCCACCCUUUGUUAGAAACCCUUUUCAUUCCAUGUGAGUUUGCAGGCCUGAUUAUGAAACCGUUCUCUCAAAGUGUGUCGUGCUUCCCAUGACAAGUGAAACCUUUUUAAUGAUGAUUUAAAGACUUGACGGAGCAACCUUCUUGUUCUUGAAUCGAAUUCCUGCCCAAAUUGAUAAGAUACGUCUUCCUAUCAUUACCCCCCAACAUCAGUAGUGCGAAAUGACAGAACGAAAAAGAAGAAGGAGGAGAAGAGGCAGGGGGAGGCGGAGAUCUACGUUCUGUCAGCAGACACAGAGCAGAUGAUUGAGCGAGUGCUUCAGGCCCAUAAGGAAACCUUUCCCUCCCUCUGUCAGCUGGGAAAAUACACCACGGCCAACAGCGCAGAGCACCGUGUUUCGCUGGAUGUCAGUCUUUGGGACAAGUUCAGUGAACUGUCCACCAAAUGCAUCAUUAAGACAGUGGAGUUUGCCAAGCAGCUGCCAGGCUUCACAACGCUCACCAUCGCUGAUCAGAUCACCCUGCUCAAAGCCGCCUGCCUCGACAUACUGAUUCUGAGGAUCUGCACCCGCUACACCCCAGACCAGGACACGAUGACUUUCUCUGACGGUUUGACUCUGAACCGUACCCAGAUGCACAACGCUGGGUUCGGACCUCUCACAGACUUUGUAUUCUCCUUCGCCAACCAGCUGCUGCCGCUGGAGAUGGACGACGCAGAGACAGGAUUGCUCAGCGCCAUCUGCCUGCUGUGUGGAGAUCGUCAGGAUCUGGAGGAACCAGAAAAGGUGGACGUUCUUCAGGAGCCUUUGUUAGAAGCCUUGAAGAUCUAUGUGAGGAGGAGGAGGCCUGAUAAACCCUGUAUGUUCCCCAAAAUACUGAUGAAGAUAACUGACCUCCGGAGCAUCAGUGUGAAGGGUGAGACGCACACAGAUGCUGAUGCAUGUGACAGUGCAGAUAUUGUAAAAUUCUAUAACAGGACAUUUAUGUUUAACAUGUUUACAUUAAAGUCAGUUCUAUAUUUGCUUUUUCUCCCUUUUUUGCUACAUUGUGUUUUAUUGAGUAGCCUUUCUGUUUUAUGAUUUACAAUUUUUAAUGUUUUUUGCCAACCCUGCACUCCCCCCAUGAUCGUGAUAAAGUCAUUAUGAUGUAAAUUCCACAACAUUAUUACAUUUAAUACAAUGACUGUCAUUAGAAGGCUGAGUUUUUCAUUUGAACAAAAAAAACAAGACUUUUCAAUUCACAAAUAAUUUCAUCAUUUUCACUUUUUCAAUGUCUUAUCACUGAUGCGUUGUCUUCAGUGAUGCAGGAGUUUACCCAUUAAGGUUUUAAUGUGAAACUUCUCUGUAGAAAGUGCUUGAUUAGAUUAUGGUGAACUAACAAUCAUCUAAAAAACAGCAAAGCAGAACCCU